CUCUCCAAGCAGCCGCCAACAACGCGAGGCAGCAGCAGCCUCCGCCCCCUCAGCCCAGUGAUUGGCUGGCCUUGCUUAUCGUUACACUGCUACUCUGCGAGGAAAGGGCCAGUGACGCCCCCAGCCCAGCUGCAGAAGCGACCGCCACCUCCAAUGCACAAGGUGUCACAUUUGAAAAGAAACCCAAGCCCCAGGGAGGCGGCGCUGAACGACCCUGGCUGGGCUAGCGCAAACUGCGCGGCAGGGCGCUGGGCAGCGCUGGAGGACCGGGAGAGCGCCACUGCAGAACAUCCUAGCGACCUGAUCCUGGGAUCUCAGCUCCAAGCUCCCUGCAAUUUUCAGAUCCCCCCUCUUGAUUAUUUCCCCAAAACGGAGCCUUUAUACCAGGAGAAGGUGCCGGAGCUGGGGCAACCAGGACUUUCCAGGGCACCCAAGAUGCGCUCCAUUAGAAAACGGUGGACCAUCUGCACUAUAAGUCUACUUCUGAUCUUUUAUAAGACAAAAGAAAUAGCAAGGACUGAGGAGCACCAAGAGACGCAACUCAUCGGAGAUGGUGAAUUGUGUUUGAGCAGAUCACUUGUCAACAGCUCUGAUAAAAUCAUUCGGAAGGCUGGCUCCACCAUCUUCCAGCAUUCUGUACAAGGCUGGAAAAUCAAUUCUUCAUUAGUCCUGGAGAUAAGGAAGAACAUUCUCCGUUUUUUAGAUGCGGAACGUGAUGUCUCAGUGGUCAAGAGCAGUUUUAAGCCUGGUGACGUCAUACACUAUGUGCUGGAUAGACGCCGGACAUUAAAUAUUUCUCACGAUCUGCAUAGCCUCCUGCCUGAAGUUUCCCCGAUGAAAAACCGCAGGUUUAAGACCUGUGCCGUUGUUGGAAACUCUGGCAUUCUGCUAGACAGUGGAUGUGGAAAGGAGAUUGACAGUCAUAAUUUUGUAAUAAGGUGUAAUCUAGCUCCUGUGGUGGAGUUUGCUGCGGAUGUGGGGACUAAAUCAGAUUUUAUUACCAUGAAUCCAUCAGUUGUGCAAAGAGCAUUUGGAGGCUUUCGGAAUGAGAGUGACAGAGAAAAAUUUGUGCAUAGACUUUCCAUGCUGAAUGACAGUGUCCUUUGGAUCCCUGCUUUCAUGGUCAAAGGAGGAGAGAAACACGUGGAAUGGGUUAAUGCAUUAAUCCUUAAGAAUAAGCUGAAAGUGCGAACUGCCUAUCCAUCACUGAGACUUAUUCAUGCUGUCAGAGGUUACUGGCUGACCAACAAAGUUCCUAUCAAAAGACCCAGCACAGGUCUCCUCAUGUAUACACUUGCUACCAGAUUCUGUGAUGAAAUUCACCUGUAUGGAUUCUGGCCAUUCCCUAAAGAUUUGAAUGGAAAGGCUGUCAAAUAUCAUUACUAUGAUGACUUAAAAUACAGAUACUUUUCCAACGCAAGUCCUCACAGAAUGCCAUUAGAAUUUAAGACUCUGAAUGUGCUGCACAAUCGAGGAGCUCUGAAACUCACCACAGGGAAAUGCAUGAAGCAAUAAAGCACAUUUUGAAGGAUGAAAACUUGACAGGAACUUUUUCUAACGAUGCUUCUGGAGAUUUAGAAACAGGAUCCAAAACAAGGCUGGGGGUUUCAGCAUUCACCAAUGACUGAACAGCUGAAAUGGAAGUCGAUGUGAACCCACCAGCAGCUGACGAAAUACCUGCCAAGUGCUCUAAUUAUAAAACAUCCUGACUUCAAGGGUCCUAGCAAGUGCCACUUCCACGAAGAAUACAGUUUGAAUGUAUUAUCAGUAGUGUUUACAAGAUCCAACUGUGCACUUGUCAUUAUUCAGCAAAGCAAAUCUGUUCAUCGCUGUGGGGCAGCCACUGUAAUGCCAAGCACACUGGAAGAGGAACCCGGGAGAACAAGUCGGCCCUUGGGAAACUAAAGCAUCCUUAUCAGCAGAAGUGAAGAAGAACGGAGUUCAAGCAGUGAAGUCCAUGAGAUGAAGCAACUUGAGUGAAUGCCUUCCAUCAGGACACUGAAAAUGAUCAUGUUUGUGUUCUGCUUACGUUUUUGUUUGUCUUCUAAAAUUGACUUUGGUUUGGGUAUGAGGAGUGCUGGGAAAUUUGUUUGAGACACAGAAAUGGGAAAUGCAUAUGGAUGAGAAAAAUAAGCAUCAAACAGUCCUUUCUAAAGUUCUUAUAUUUUUUUAAAACAGCAAUCACACCACAUUUUGGAGUUUUAUUUUAUUUUGCAUAAAUCUAAAUCUCU